AUGGCCAAGCUCAAGACGUUGCUGACGGCCAUGUUCCUGGCCACUGGAGGCUUCCUCUUCGGCUAUGACAGCGGUAUCAUCACCUCGACCAUCGGCCAAACCGAGUUCAUCAAAUAUUUCUCUGAUCCGAGCGACACUGUGACCGGCGGCAUCGUCUCUGCAUUCCAGGGCGGCGCCAUCCUGGGCACAAUCAUCAACAUCUUCACCGGUGACCGUCUGGGCCGGAAGUGGUCCGUGUUUGUUGGAGCUUGCAUAUCUACCUUCGGGUGUGCGUUGCAGGCUGGUGCUAUCAAUCUGGCUAUGCUCAUCGUUGGCCGCUUUAUCGCCGGCAUUGCGGUCGGCAUGCUUACUUCUGUUAUUCCCAUGUAUGCUAGUGAGAUCGCCGAGGCUUCUUCGCGGGGUAUGAUGUCCGGUCUGUUGCAGUGGAUGUUGAGUUGGGGAUUCCUGGUUGCUCAGUGGCUGGGGUAUGGAUGCUCUUUCAAUCAGACUUCCUUCCAGUGGCGAUUCCCUCUUGCUUUCCAAUGUGUUCCAGGUCUGGCCCUGAUCAGUGGUGUCUUGUUCUUGAACGAGUCUCCGCGUUGGCUGAUGGAGAAAGACCGCCACGAGGAAGCCCUUGUUUCACUCCAAAACCUCCACGGGGAUGGUACAGCAGAGACGUCACAGUAUAUCGAGCUCGAAUUCCAGGAGAUUCGUGAAACUAUUCAGGCCGAGCGCUUGCAUACACAAAUUUCCUUCACUUCGAUCCUGCGCAAGCCCUCUUGGCGCCGCCGUCUCAUCCUUGGCUGUGGCGUGCAGGCCUUCGGUGUCUUGUCUGGAAUCAACGUCAUCAACUACUAUGGAACCCGCAUUUAUGCAACACUAGGGUUUGACACACAGAUGUCUCUCAUGAUCAUCGGAAUCUCCGGUGCCCUAUCGAUUGUCUUCUGCACUGGUGGUCUAUGGGCGUUGGAGCGCGUGGGCCGUAUCAAGCCCCUCAUUGUCGCUGCAGCGGGUAUGGCCGGUGCACUACUUUGCAAUGCUGCCAUGUCCCAGCAUUGGGACGAGGGAAACCAAAACCAGCUUCGGGCAAUGGUGGCUAUGAACUUCGUGUUUAGUUUCUUCUAUACCUUUGUUGGUAUCAUUUCUUGGGUCUAUCCUGCCGAAAUCUUCCCCGUCGAUAUCCGUAACCAGGGUAAUUCGAUCACCACAUUCACUAACUGGACUAUCAACCUUGUACUCGCCCAGGUUUCGCCAACUGCCUUGUCGUCGAUUGGCUUCCGUUACUUUUAUGUGUUCUUUGUCUUCAACUUGAUUGCUAUGCUGUGCUACAUCUUCUUCUUCCCUGAGACCCAGGGCAAGACGCUGGAGCAGAUGGAUUCCUUGUUUGGUGAUGAGUUGCCUAUGGGUGUUGAGAAUGAGAAAGAGGGAAUUGAGACGGUCAUGGUGGAGGAUACGAGCAAGUGA